UUUGGGCAGGAGAAUCUGGGGUCAAGCCACAACAGUUCUCUCCUUAAUCCACUCCACUCCCUCCUCUUCCAGCUAAGCUGCCAGAGUGCACUGUGCAUUUCCAAGACCAAGAAAAGAUGGAUAAAUCUCUGGGGUUGGUGUCACUUGAGGAUGUGGCUGUGGACUUUACCUGGGAGGAGUGGAGGGACUUGAAUGAUGCUCAGAAGACUUUGUACAGGGAUGUGAUGCUGGAGACCUACAGCAGCCUGGUGUCAUUGGGGUGCUGCAUUAGUAAACCUGAGGUGAUCCUCAAGUUGGAGAAAGGAGCAGAGCCAUGGAUAAUAAAAGAACACCCAAACCAGAGCCUCCCAGAUGUCCAUAUAGUCAAUGACCUAAUUGAGAGGAGCCAAGAAAGUCAUGGUAGAUACUUGUGGCAUGGUGUAAUCAUCAAUGGUAACCAAUCAACUGAGGAGAGAGUGGAGUUAGGAAAAUCAGUGAAUGCAUAUUCAAUGGAUACUUUAAAUCUGGUUAUAAAUAAUGAAAACUAUUCAGGAGUGAGGCAUGAAGAGUUUAACAAAUGUCAGAAUGCAGUUCUUCCAGAGACUGAUGCCAUGUGUGCUGGACAAAAAGCUUAUGAGCAUAAUAUAUCUGAGGAAUCACACAGUCAUCGUGAGCAUCUCAGUCAGCAUUCUAAGAUUUCAGCUGGGCAACUUUUUGAAUAUAGUGGAAACAGACUAUCCUCCAAUACAUUGCCAAUAAUAUUUGCAUAUAAGAAAAUUCAUAUGGGUGAGACAACUUGUAAAUAUAGUGAAUAUGGGAAAGCCCAUAAUAAGUCAUGUGUCAUUGCCCAAGAGAUAGCUCAGGUAGGGAAGAAAACUUUUCAAUGUGUUGUAUGCUUGAAAAUAUCCUAUAAAAACGCUAGACUUACUCAAGAUCAAAUUAUAAACACAGGAGAGGAGCAUGAUAAAUACAGUGAGUGUCAGGAAUCUUUUAUUAAGCAAUCACACCUACUCUCAUAUCAGGGAACAUCUACAGGGAAAGCUUUUGUCCGAAAAUCAGCCCUCAACAGGCAUCAGAGAAUUCACAAAAGUAAAACAACAUAUGAAUGUAAGGAAAAUUCAAAAGCUUUUAACCAAAUGUCAGCCUUCAGCAUGCAUUGGAGAACUCACCCAGGUGAUAAGCCAUACAAAUGUAAUGGAUGUAGAAAAACAUUUAACAACAAGUUAUCCUUCAGGAUGCAUCAGUGUGCUCCAACAGGGAAAACACCUUAUGAAUGUAAAGAAUGUGGAAAAGCUUUUAAGCAAAAGUCGCACCUCAGUAGGCAUCAGAGAAUUCACACAGGUGAGAAACCAUAUGAAUGUAAAGAAUGUGGAAAAGCUUUUAAGCAAAAGUCGCACCUCAGUAGGCAUCAGAGAAUUCACACAGGUGAGAAACCAUAUGAAUGUAGAGAAUGUGGAAAAGCUUUUAGGCAAAAGUCACAACUCUGCAGGCAUCAGAAUAUUCACACAGUUGAGAAACUAUAUGAGUGUAAGGAAUGUGGAAAAGCUUUUAAGCAAAAGUCACAACUCUGCAGGCAUCAGAGAAUUCACACAGGUGAGAAACCAUAUGAAUGCAAAGAAUGCAUAAAAGCUUUUAACCAAAUGUCGUGCCUCAACAAGCAUCAGAGAACUCACAUGGGUGAGAAACCAUAUGAAUGUAAAGAAUGUGGAAAAGCUUUUAACCGAACGUCACACCUCAACAGGCAUCAGAGAAUUCACACAGGUGAGAAACCAUAUGAAUGUAAAGAAUGUGGAAAAUCUUUUAACCAAACGUCACACCUCAGCAGGCAUCAGAGAAUUCACACAGGUGAGAAACCAUAUGAAUGUAAAGAAUGUGGAAAAGCUUUUAAGUUAAAGUCAAACCUCUGCAGGCAUCAGAGAAUUCACAGAGGCAAGACACUAUAUGAAUGCAAAGAAUGCGGAAAAGUUUUUAACCAAAAGUCGUGCCUCAACAAGCAUCAGAGAACUCACAUGGAUGAGAAACCAUAUGAAUGUAAAGAAUGUGGAAAAGCUUUUAACCAAACGUCAGACCUCAACAAGCAUCAGAGGAUUCACACAGGUGAGAAACCAUAUGAAUGUAAAGAAUGUGGAAAAGCUUUUAACCAAACGUCACACCUCAACAGGCAUCAGAGAAUUCACAUAGGUGAGAAACCAUAUGAAUGUAAAUGAUGUAGAAAAGCUUUUAAAUGAAAGUCACACCUCAGACUGCAUGAGAGCAUUCACACAGCUGAGAAACCAUAUGAAUGUAAAGAAUGUGGAAAAGCUUUUAAUUGAAAGUCACACCUCGGCAGGCAUCAGUGAAUUCACACAGGUGACAAUCCAUAUGAAUGUAAGGAAUGUGGAACAGCUUUUAACCAAAGUCAACCUUCAGCAUGCAUU